AUGCAUCGUGCGAGAUCAGUAUUAAUAAAUCUGUUACCUCUCACACCACUAAUUCCACGGGCUGCAGGACCUGAAAGAUAUGCAGCGUGGCUGUUGCGUUCAGGAAGUGCUACAAGCUCACUGUCAGUUACCAGCAUCCGAAAUUACAGUGCAUCUGUUGCACCAGAACCAUUUCUCAAUGGAACUUCAUCAGUAUAUGUGGAAGAAAUGUACAAUGCUUGGUUAGCUGACCCGAAAAGUGUUCAUGUGUCAUGGGAUACAUUUUUCCGAAGCACCACAGCAGGUGCUGCACCAGGUGAAGCAUACCAUCCUCCACCUUCACUAGCACCUCUAGCCAAGAACCAGGUUCCUAUAAUGAGCCUCGCUCCUUAUUUAGGAGCAUCAGUACCCGCUCUUGAUGGACAACUCAAUGAAAAGAUAAUUGAUGACCACUUGGCUGUGCAGGCAAUCAUCCGUUCAUACCAGAUUCGAGGUCAUCACAUCGCCAAGCUGGAUCCCCUGGAAAUCUCAAGUGCAGACCUGGAUGACAAAACUCCUCCAGAAUUGCUGUACAGCCACUACAGCUUUGAGGAGGCUGACAUGGACCGCAUUUUCAAGUUGCCAGCAACUACAUUCAUAGGUGGCAAGGAGAAAGCUCUUCCUUUGCGGGAAAUUCUGAGGAGACUUGAAAACACUUACUGCCACCACAUAGGUGCGGAAUUCAUGUUCAUAAAUUCCUUGGAGCAGUGCAACUGGAUACGUCAAAAAUUGGAAACACCUGGAGUGAUGGAAAUAACAAAUGAUGAAAAGAGGCUUAUACUUGCAAGACUGACACGAGCAACUGGACUUGAAGCAUUUCUGGCAAGAAAAUGGUCAAGUGAAAAACGAUUUGGUUUGGAGGGUUGUGAAAUCUUGGUACCAGCCAUGAAGCAGAUUAUUGAUCACUCAACAGAGUAUGGUAUAGAAUCUGUUGUAAUGGGCAUGUCUCACAGAGGUCGUCUGAAUGUUUUGGCCAAUGUUUGUCGGAAGCCACUGGAACAUAUUUUUACCCAGUUUGCUGCUCUGGAAUCUGAAGAUGACGGGUCAGGUGAUGUCAAAUAUCAUUUGGGUACUUACAUUGAACGUUUGAACCGUGUGACUAACAAAAAUAUGCGACUAGCUGUGGUAGCCAAUCCAUCCCAUCUUGAGGCUGUGGAUCCUGUUGUUCAGGGGAAGACUCGUGCUGAACAGUUCUACCGUGGUGAUGGAGAAGGAAAGAAGGUUAUGUCCAUACUGUUACAUGGGGAUGCUGCAUUCUGUGGUCAAGGCAUAGUGUAUGAGACUUUCCACUUGUCUGAUUUGCCUGAUUACACAACACAUGGUACCAUUCAUAUUGUACUCAACAAUCAGAUUGGUUUCACCACUGACCCAAGGCAUUCACGCUCAUCCCCAUACUGCACUGAUGUUGCCAAAGUGGUGAAUGCACCUAUCUUCCAUGUCAACUCAGAUGACCCUGAAGCUGUCAUACAUGUGUCUAAAAUUGCUGCAGAGUGGAGAGCAACAUUCCACAAAGAUGUUGUUAUUGAUAUUGUGUGCUACCGACGUAAUGGUCACAAUGAAGCUGAUGAACCAAUGUUCACUCAACCUCUAAUGUACCAGAAGAUCAAGAAAACAAAACCAGUGUUGGAUAAAUAUGCAAAUAAACUAAUAAAUGAAGGUGUUGUUACAGCAGAAGAGGUCAAGGAUGUUCAUGACAAGUAUGAAAAAAUAUGUGAGGAAGCAUUGGAAAAUGCAAGAAAGGAGACUCACAUCAAGUUUAAGGACUGGCUUGAUUCUCCAUGGUCUGGGUUCUUUGAGGGCAAAGAUCCAAUGAGAGUAUCUCCUACAGGUGUCAAAGAAGACACACUCAUUCACAUUGGCAAGAAAAUGUCAUCUCCACCACCAAAUGCUGCAGAAUUUGAAAUUCAUCCAGGUUUAGAACGCAUAUUGAGAGCACGAAUGGAAAUGGUAAAGGCGAGAAAAGCUGAUUGGGCUCUUGGUGAAGCAAUGGCUUUUGGUUCUCUGUUGAAGGAAGGAAUCCAUGUGCGCCUAAGUGGACAAGAUGUAGAGAGGGGCACAUUCAGUCACAGGCACCAUGUACUUCAUCACCGGAAAGUAGAUAAGGCUACAUACAGGCCUCUAUGUUACCUUUACCCUGACCAGGGUUCUUAUGUUGUUUGUAAUAGCUCUUUGUCAGAGUUUGCAGUAUUAGGCUUUGAACUGGGAUAUUCUAUGACAAAUCCGAAUGCCUUAGUUUGUUGGGAAGCUCAGUUUGGAGAUUUCAACAAUACAGCACAGUGCAUCAUAGACCAGUUUAUAUCAUCGGGUCAGGCAAAAUGGGUGCGACAGUCUGGACUAGUGAUGUUGCUACCUCACGGUUUUGAAGGGAUGGGGCCUGAGCAUUCCAGUGCUCGCCUUGAGAGGUUCCUGCAGAUGUCUUCUGAUGAUCCGGAUUAUUUCCCACCAGAAAGUGAAGAGUUUGGUGUUAGACAGUUACAUGAUAUCAACUGGAUUGUUGCAAACUGCUCAACACCAGCCAACUACUUCCACAUUCUCCGUCGGCAGAUAGCCCUUCCAUUUCGCAAGCCCCUCAUUUUGAUGACUCCAAAGUCACUUUUGCGUCAUCCUGAGGCCAGAUCAAGUUUUGACGAAAUGACUGAAGAAACGCAAUUUCUCAGGGUCAUUCCAGAGAACGGGGCCCCUAGCAAGAAUGCAGAUGCUGUCAAGAAAUUAAUAUUCUGCACAGGCAAGGUGUUCUAUGACUUGCGAAAAGCUCGUGAUGAGAGAGUUUUGACCAAUGACAUAGCCAUUACAAGGAUUGAACAGAUAUGCCCUUUCCCCUAUGACUUGGUGAAGAAUGAGUGUGCGAAGUAUCCAAAUGCACUUUUGUGCUGGGCUCAAGAGGAACACAAGAACCAAGGUCCAUGGACAUAUGUUCAGCCAAGAUUCAACACAGCAAUAAAUGGAACCAGGAAUAUUGUUUAUGCUGGGCGGCCUCCUUCUGCAUCUUCAGCAACUGGUAGUAGAGUCCUUCACCUUAGGGAACUUGCUGCUUUUCUUGAUGAGGCGAUGUCAAUUUGAACAGUCAUCCUAGUUCAUGUUUCCAUUUCAGUUAUUGGCAUUUCAUAUUGUACAUGCCAAUGGUUAGAAGGCUCAUAUCACCUGUACACUUUUUUACCAGCAAAUGUUUGAAGAUUUCCACCAGAUGUUAAGCACAUGCACUAUCUCAUUAGACUGGAGCUAUUGUCUUAGUUUUAGCAGUGUGCAAUUAAUCAUAUUUGCCCAGUUGUUAACCAGUGUGUUUCAUCUGACUGACUUUGUCAGCUUUGUGUGUUUAUGUGUUUGUGUGUGUGUGUGUGUGUGUGCGUGAGAGAGAGAGAGAGAGAGAGAGAGAGAGAGA